AUGGCUAUGCCGCCUGCUUGGGAUGAAAGCACGAUGGACGUGAACUUCGCCGCUGGCACGACCUCCUUCGACAGCUUUAGCAGUAUGAACGGCCUGGUCCAAGACCUUGACCGAUUCGACAUCGACAAGGUACUGACCGACAGUGGUCUCCAUCUCGACGAGCUCGUCCAAGCACCCAACGGACCUCCGCUACAACUCAAAGGUCCUCCAACUGGAGAACUGAAGACACACGCCCCUCGUAAACGAAAGGGUAGACUACUAGCAGAUCUGACAGUCGAUGGCCCCGAGACCGUGUACGAGGACAGCGAUAGCCACCACUCUUGGACGGCAGCCGACAACGCAGAAGAAUGGGUGACACGCCUACGUGCCAGCUUGACAGCCUUUCGACGAGAUCGUGAUCGAGUCGCACUGAUCACUACACCACUACAGACUCGACAGCGCCGCAAGGUGCAUUCGAUGGCAAACAUUUGGGGAUUAAGUCACAUGAGCAUUGGGCCAGGACGCGAAAAACGAAUGAUCGUCUGCAAAGGCGCUUUGACAGGCUCGACAUCGCGUAUGCCAGUCUCGACAGGCAGGCGCUGGAACCCAUGCGAUACCUGGUCAGCAGGUUUUGUGAACACGAGAGUAGUUGUAUUCGACAUGCUAGACCCAAACAUGGACUCCUUCCAUGUUAGCAACGUGCUGCAGGGUGCUGACAUUGCUGCGCCGCUCAAAACAACCAUGGACUAUUAUGAGAUGGACAUGAACGGCUUCACAAUAUCCGUUGCCAAAGCAUUUGCUAUCUUCGCAAGCUCUGAGGACGCAGCUAUGGCUUUGCUAGCUUUGGACGGCACAACUCCCAACUGGAACAGCUUCACCAUCGAGGGCGACUACGUGAGGUUCCCUGCCGGCUUCAACUUCAAUGAUGCGCUAUUGGACGCUUUCGAUACGUUGCCAGAGGCCAUACGACUGGCACAGGUUUCAGCGGAGGAGAGCAAACGUGACCGCGCAAUCGCAACAGGAAGCGCCCCACAGUCAGAAUCCGAUUCGGACGACGAUACUCUACAUUCCUCAAGCCUAGCCAUAGCUCGACGCGCUCCGUACGAUGGUCCCUCUGCUGCAUCAUCACUUUCCAUGGAUGCAGGCUACGCAUCAGCAGGCUCAGCUCGUAGUGCCGCGAUAUCGGACCAUUCCGACACCAGCACAUCACGAAAACGCAAGCGUGUACCAAAGGUUGCAGGAGGCUUCCCCUGUCGGGAUCACGGUUGUGACAAAAUCUUCGACCGAGCCGGUGACAGGACAAAACAUGAAAAGUACCAUUCUGAAGGACGUCCGAAUGUUUGCACGCGGUGUGGCAAGGGCUUCCACUUCCCGAAGGAUCUGAGGCGGCAUAUGAUUGUCCACUCCGGCCUACCCACACAAGACGCGGGCGAGCAGUCAAUGCCAGUCACGAUAGCUGGGGCGAGGAGGUAUAGUGGUAAUGAGAUGUUGCAUCCCGCAUCCUGCUCACCACCACUUUCGGAGAGUCAUCUGAAGCGCCUAUACAAUGCUGGCGUACCUUCGACCAAAAGAAGAUCAAGUAGAUCGACACCUCUCGAGUAG